AAUAGAGCUGUUCAGAUCUGUUUGGCACAGUCGGCACACAAAACACCUACACAGAACACUUCCAAAUUCCAGUCUACAAAAUUUGUUGUUUCCGAAAGAAAGCUCCAGAGCCCGGCCCGUAACGAUGUCCGACAUGAAGAAGAUUGGCGACCGAUCGAGCCGGAGGCGGGAUCCCGAGUGGAACCAGGAGCAGAACAACAACAUGUACAACCGACUGUUACAGACGCUGGCCACCGAGCAGCAGAAGCUGAUGGUUCUGGAGCAGAGCCGGGGGCGACUGAUGGAGGAUAUGCGCAACCUGCGCGCCCGCUUAAUGCAGGAGAACGCCCUCCUCCGGCGCAUCAUACAGACGGGCGCAAGCUUGGAGGAUGUGGCAUCGCUCCGCGCCAACCCCAGCCGCAUCGCCGCUCGGUCGAUGUCCUUUGCCAGACAGAGCCCGGCCACCAGCCGCCAGCGUAAGCCCACGGUCCCCCAACAGGUGACUUCGAGGGUGAGUCUGAAGAAGGAGGAGCAGAGGCAGGAUGCCCACGCCAAUGACCCCGCCAAUACGAGUCCGAAGCCGAAUCCGAUUCGAAAAUUCCGGAAGCAGCUUCAACGCUACAUCCAUGUCUCUGCCCAAAACAGGCAGAAGAUAGAGGCAAGCCAGGAGGAUGAUCCUGACGAUGUGCUCUACUCGCUGACGUCCCUUUUCUAGCUCCGGGAACUGGAACUGGCCCCACUGUGUCCUUCGAGGAGCGCCUGUGCGACAGUGACCUUGGCCUCAAAGUCAUCAUCCAGUUGUCGUCCUCCAAUCCUCCGCCCAGCCUGUGCGAUGAAGGCGAGCAGCCGGAGAGCUGGAUGUUGAAUGGCUUCAUCAGUUGUCCGGAUUGAGCCACAGACCCAAAUAGACCACAAGCAAUACUAGGAACACACCGCACCGAUUACUGCCGACCCACACUUGAACACAACAUCUGCUGUUCUGUUGUAACACUUUUCCAGUCAAAAUACAAACUACAUAAACACGAA